UGUAUGUUUCAGAAGAUUGUGUUACAAAAAAAUCUUUCGUUAACCAUUAAAAAAUUGCAAGUUUUGAAUUUAUAUUUAUACUAAAAAUUGUUUCUGUUAAAGUAAAUGCAAUGGAACCCUAAAAAAAGGAAAAAAAACAGUCAAAAACGCUGUUAAAAUAACUUUAAGCUCAAGUGACAGCUUUGUAUGAAAUAUAAUUAUAUAAUAUAUUUUUAUAGAUAUAUAUAACAAUAUAUAUGUGUAUUCGAGUAUAUGGUUAAACAAUCAAGAAGUCAAAAUGGGAACUGUGUUGAGUUUUAAUCCACGGGAUCGCCAUCCAAUAUAUUCAUCUCAGCCGAAUUUUCAAUAUAACCAUUCAACUGAUAUAAAAAACGAAAAUGUUAAUACUGGAUCAAUUGAUUCACAUCUAAACAAUUAUUCGUAUGAGCAAUUAAAUAAUGCUAAAAACCGAGAAAACAAAAAAUCGGUCUGCCAUCAACUGUCAAAGAACAUUAUAGGACAACAAGGAACCUAUACUGGAGUACAUAUUAAUUUGCAGGCUCAAUCCCAGUUGGGCUCACACCACUUACACAAUUUGGCAAACUCGUCUAAAGAUACUAUAACAAAUGUUCUAGAUACUCAAAACGAAAACGGAGCCAUUAAAUCAGAAAAAAGCUCUAUUGAUAAAAACCUAAAGAAACAUUCAAUUUUUAUUAAUGCCCUUUCGUGGAAAAAACUAUCAACAUCGCAUAACAAGAAAAAAAUCGACAACAAAAAUAAAUGUGCAAACCUACCCACAGCGUGCUUUAAGUCACAGUUUUUAGAGUCCACUUUCGCAUCAUCGUCUGAUAAGAAUCGAAACAUCCAACUACAAUGCAAUCGAAUAGAAGAGCGUAAUCAACCGAACUACAAUCAACCUCUGGAUACACAAGAAGAUUUAGGAACGGGAACAGCCAAAUCUCAAAACCCUUCUAAAGUCAAGGACUCUAUCAAAGUUAAUAACAAAAAUUCAAUAUGUAAUCACAAUAAAUUGAUUCAAAAACAGCCCUUAACGCUAACCCUGCCACAGCAAAUGCAACCAUCUUCAAUGCAGUUCAAGAACAAUAAUCAGAUUCCUCGGAAAACUGUAAUUCAGGCAUCUACUUCAGAAUUGCUGAAGUGCUUAGGAAUUUUUCUACAUUGUCGCUGCCAAAGACUUAGUAACUUCGAUGCUGGCGAUGCUGUGAUGUGGCUAAGAGCAGUUGAUCGUAGUUUAUUGCUGCAAGGAUGGCAGGAUGUCGCAUUUAUUAACCCGGCAAAUGUUGUUUUUGUAUACAUGCUAGUUCGUGAUUUGGUUGAUGGAGAGGAAUCCAAAGAAUCGGACCUACAAGCUUCAGUGCUAACCUGCUUGUAUCUCUCAUACUCAUAUAUGGGAAAUGAAAUAAGUUAUCCUCUUAAGCCGUUUUUGGUUGAAGACUCAAAGGACAAGUUUUGGGACAGGUGUCUAGUAAUUGUGAAUAAAUUAAGCGAUAAAAUGCUAAAAAUAAAUGCAGAGCCUGGGUUUUUUACGGAAGUUUUCACUGAACUGAAGUCUUGUGGUCAAUAUCAUCCCACUAUAAAAAAAUCUUCUUUUGGAGGAGCCUGACGGAUGGAUGACAGAGAGGAUAUUGUAAACCUCUCAUUAUCUGCGCAUCGGCAGAGCUUUACGG